CUCCACCACGGGCCACCCCCUCCAAGAAGCGCGAACAGGAUCGCUCCCAGGGGCCGGGACUGUUAGGGUUGAGCGGAGGAGCGUGGCGGCUCUCACUCAGCCACGCCCGUCGGGCCGGAGGGAAUGACCUCGUCACAUCCUCGUACAGUGAUUCCGCCCGUCCCUCCUUCCUCGUUGAAGAAGUCGGCGAAACUGAAGAAGCGGCACAGCCAUCAUUCGUCUCUCUCGACUCCCACCGUGUGCCUCUGCCCGCACAACACAGGGUGUGACAUUACGCCCACUAACGAAUGACGAUGCAUACCGCGCAACACUCUCCCUGCCGAGGAAGCUCGCACGCCAUGCGGAAAUCUAAUUCUGUCAAUCUUCCUUUUCCCUCUCGUCUUCCUCCUCAUCAUCUCAUCACAGGCACAGGAAACAGUCAACAAGCACCACAGGCACCACUAGCACCGUACACUCCUCCUCUGCCAAAAAACACGGAAAUUCCUCGUCUCACUGUCGUCAUCUCUAUCGCAUCCUUCCCUCUCCUCUGUCAAAACUACUACGUCCUCGACAGAGGCAACAGCUUUCAGAACUGAUCCGACAGUUAUCGAUAACCCUCCCUCCUCCCUCCCUCCCCCCUCCACCUCUUCUUCUGUAAUGGCUACUGGCAAAUCAGACAACGCAAGUAAUGCCCUACCAACACUAGCAGACGAGAAGCAAGCCAAGAGAAAGAGGAAGAAGAGAAGAGAGAGGGAGAAAGGGCAGGAAGCGGCGACUGGAUCAGAAGUCAAUCGAUCACAAAAACCCUGACAAGAACCUCGAGAUAAAGUCCGAACCUUCCGACCACACCAAGACGGCGAGUCAACUAAUCCACUCCAGUGAUAGAACAGAGAGGCAAAACUUGGAACAAGAGGCAACGAAAUCACUUAGCAAUCUACAGCUUCUGUCUGGUGAGGAAACUAGGGUGCCGUCAAAGGGCGUAAAACUGGAAAAGAUUGGCAAACCACGGCCCAGCAAUCUGACCAUUGAUUCCUAUGGAAACAAUACGGCAGAGGUAAAAUACAGUAUAUCGGCAGAAGACUGCACACACAUAAUACCGUGACACACAUUCUCUCUUAUUUGUAUAUUAUUCCAGCAAACUUCCAUAUUAUUUUACAGGAUAGCCCGCUGGACAUCAAAGAUGUACAUAGUUUGCUUAAGGAGCUGAUAUCCAACGUGUCCGUGCCAUCUCCAAUCACUCCCAUCCCUACUCCAAGACGAUCGAAACUCUUCACUUUUCCCAUAGCGCCAUCUCUAAGUGGCAUCAUAAAAUUAGAAGAUGUUACUGAAGCUCCGCCCAUUAGCCCCGCCCACCAAAUGAGUGAGAGUGACAGCAGUGACAGCAGUAGCUCAGAGUCGUCCAGUGAAUCAUCUGACUGUGACGAAGAAGAUAACGAACAGGGGCAAGAGAAAAUGGAGGGGAUGUUGCCUGAAGCUCCUUUGCCCAUGGAGGAAGUAGGAUGGGAGAAGGUGCUGCCGACUGUAUGUGAUAGUAUAACUCCACUGAAGAAGACACCGCCACACUUUGUAGCCAAGACCCCACAACUUUCUUCAGUCAUCCCUGCCAGUUUUCACCUCCCCACCAUCUCCCCGCUAGCACCAGACUCUCCCGCCCACUCCCAACCCUCCUUCACCUCCAUCCUCUCCUCCUGUUCCUCCUCCUCACCUCCCAAACCUCCCGUGUCCUCGUUCAGUGGUUUUGGGGGGUUCGUCCUUGGUGCAAAUUUGCUCGGCGGAACUCAGACAUCUUCCGAAGCAGAAAAUCCUUCAUCCUCACACUCUCUGGAUUUCCUGGGCAGUUCUGCUAAUGUUACAAGUGGUGGGGUUCCUGUCUACAGCCGGGCAUCUGGUGAGAUGAAGACAACUCUUCUGGAAGCCCACACAGACAGUCUCGGAUUUUCCGGAGUUGCUUCCCUCACUUCUUCAUCUGCCCCUGUCUUUGCCACUUCGUUAGAGACUGCGGCAGUGGGCGAGGCUUCGGGCUCUGAAUCAGACGGAGAAGGAGCGGGUGGUGAGUCGGGGAGCGAAUCAGACGACGAAUCCAGCGACGGCGAAGAAGACAGUGACGGUUCCUCGUCCUCUGGUGACGAGGGAGAGGAGAAGAUCAACCCAACCAGUCAGCAUCCGCUACUCGAAACAGUAGCAGCGGUCCCCAAGUCAUCAGUUGGCAGCAGUGUCUCAUCGACUGCGUUUUUCAGCGGCGACGACAGCUUCUCGUUUCAGGGAGGGGGCUUCUUCAACGACGAAGAUUUUCAUUUUCUCUCGCGACUGCAAGCUGGCGCCGAAAACGCUGAGAUGGACAUGGAUGAUGUUGAUGCAUUGUCGCACGAACCAAGUGCUUCGUUUGUCAGUGAGUUGCAACCAGGUUCUCUUGAUGUGCAGUCAAACACAGACGUAGAGAUGGGCAGUGAGAAGCCACCCCCGGAAGUGAAUGUCCCUCCAACGCAACAGGAAAGACCAGUCAAUCUGGUUUCGUCCGACUCAGCUCUAACCUCUUCGACCUCCAAUAGCAGAACUCAACCUCAAGCGGGCGGCGUCUCAAUGGCGGGUACAUCGGCGACUGCUAUGGUAACUCCGUCUCGAAUCACCACCCAGCUUUCUGUAGAUGGUGCCACCAGCCAAACGGCUGGGAAGAAGAGAAAGUUAGAGCGACAGUCGAGUUUGGUUACCGCAUCCGAUCUUGUCCCUCUCCCCCCGCCGGCUCGCAAAACUCCGCGGACAACUUCCGCGGCUCCUCGCGUGCGCCGACACAGCUCUCUAUCCAGUUUCUCUGUCUCCAGUGACAGCUCCUCUAGCAGCUCCGACAGCUCUGGAGACGAAGACAGCGACGCGGACGAGGACUCCAAAUCUCGUCUCUCGAACUCUGUCGUCCGCCUCUCCUCCCCGCAACCUUCUACCCUCAGUCACACGUCGUCGUCCUCCACGUCUGGCAUCACCUCUCAAAACGCUCCCUCUCUUCCUCCAGCGAGCGGUCCACUGCUUGCUAAUCGCAGGGGCUCCAUCGUUGCCCCCCUCCAGCAGGGAGGGUUGGAAGCCGGGGAGUUGGAAGAGGAAGAAAUGGAGGGGGAAUGGACGGAGGGUGGGAGAAUCGAGAGCCUGUUGGUCAAAAUAUCGCUGCAGACAGUCGACUUUCAGAAGGAGCAGAAGCCUAAGGCGAAGGUUGGACCGUACAACGUCACUGCUCCGAGCAAACCGCCUCGAAGAAGGAGUACUGUUGACUCAUCAACACACGAGGACUUGUCUCGACUGCCUGGGGGUCAUCAUGGUGUGGACCACGAUAGGGGAAUGUACGGUCGCCAGAGGGACCGGGAUGAUGAUCAUCACGGGCAGUAUGGUCGAACUGACUUCCAUAGAGAUGAUGCCCGAAGGCCGCACCGUGGCAGUGGUUGGGACAGUAGGGAGUCAUGGAGUGGAGGAAGACAUGGUGCAAGACCUGGACGAUCUCACGACAGAGACACCCACCAUCACAGGAAUAGAAAUUGGGAUGAAUACGGGGCAUAUGAUGACACUAGAUCAAGGGGCAGAUCUCACCCCUCCAAUAGGAAUCUGAGUGCUGAGGAAUGUUUAAGAGAGGCACGCAAGAGAAAGCACGAAGCAGACCGAACAAGGCCUCCAGGAAUAGACAAAGCCAAGGCCUACCUGGAGUCAGUUGCCUACUUCAUGAGGCAUGGAGACGCAAUCGAGAGAGAAGCUCAGUCCUGGGAUGGUGCCCAAACUAGAAGUCCAUUUCGUCUCUAUAUGGACACCAUCACUCUCAUGAAGUAUUGCAGGUCCUGGGCGAGCGACUGCAAACAACUGGUUGCCCUAUGUAUGAGAUGUGUGUCGGUCUUAUACUGGAAACUCUUCCAAUUGAAACAGACUUCGGCCGCUAACAUACAAAAGGUUUGUUUGAAUUAUGUACGUAUG